AUCACUCCCCUCGUGCUGUACUCAAAACCUCCAGCGGAGCCAUCGCUGUGUAUGCCGAGCUGACUGGGGGAGGUCGGAUCUGUACUGGUUGUCGUGGGCUGUGCAACGUGUAGAGCCGUGCUGAUUGCGAACCCUCUGCAUAACGACGGAUUUUUAAGAGGGGAAUUCACUCACCCGGGGAACCCUUCCCUCCCUGCAAACACGUCCAUCCACCACGUUCUUCAUUUAUAAACGGAGUGUUUUUGUUGCCUCUGCUUCCCACUACCACAGCUGGGAUUUGGUCAACAUCUCAGGCGGGGGUUGUGUGAUGAGGUCGCCCUGCAGCCGGGGUCUGGUUACGAUAAGAUAAGGCGUUUUUUGUUGCUAGGGCACUUUUGGCUAAAGCGUUUUUUGUUGCUAGGACACUCUUGGCUCCAUUUUCAAAGCCUCCUCGCACCCCGAGUGUGUGAAGAAAUACACAGCUGAAGGACAUAGCUACUACUGGGCUGAGAGACCCGCUGAAUAUCCAUGAGCUCCGAUUUCCCGCACUACAGUUUCAGGAUGCCAAAUAUAGGGUUUCAGAAUCUUCCCCUCAAUAUCUACAUUGUGGUGUUUGGGACGGCCAUCUUUGUCUUCAUCCUCAGCCUCCUCUUCUGCUGCUACCUAAUAAGGUUACGGCACCAGGCGCACAAAGAGCUUUAUGCAUACAAACAAGUCAUUCAGAAGGAAAAAGUAAAAGAGCUAAAUUUGCAUGAGAUUUGUGCGGUGUGCUUAGAGGAGUUCAAACAGAAAGACGAGCUGGGGAUUUGUCCAUGCAAACAUGCCUUUCAUAGGAAGUGCCUCAUUAAGUGGUUGGAGGUGAGGAAAGUGUGCCCGCUGUGCAACAUGCCGGUCCUGCAGCUCGCCCAGCAGGCUGGCAGCACGGAGCCCGCUGUGCCCAUACAGCAGCCUCUACCCGGCAUCGAGAACCUGGUCUAGCAGACUCUCUCAUUGCACACUACACACACACACACAGACACACACCCCAUCAUUCACACCCUCGCCUGUACAGUUACACAUCACUAUGAGUCUGUGGACAGAGAGGAGAAACUGGAGUUCAUGCGCAGACACAAAAGCUGCCAUCGCCACCGCUCCUAUCCUUACAUUGGUUUCCAAAAAAGGAUUUCCUGAUAUCAGAUCUGACUGAUUAUCAACCGUUUUCAUGUUUUUUCUUUCGCUGACAAUGAAGAAGAGUUGAUCUAGAAGAGGUUUACUUCUUGGCCAAGAUGUGGUCGAUAACUUUUCUCAACCAAAGCACUUUUCUGGGGACACCAGCUAAAGACCAGGAGGAAAAAAAAGAAAAGCCAAGAACUACAAUACACUAAAAUAUAUGAAAUGUUUGAUUAUUUUUAACAAGCACUUUACGAGAAGGCAAACCUUAAUUGCUUGUGAUCUUAGAAGCAAGGUUGUGUUUUAUAUUUUAUCAUUAACUAUUAUUUUUAUGUAUUGUACAGAGCCUUAUGGGUUUUCAUUUUUAUUUUGUAAAUUAUACAACAAAUCUCAAAGGGACAACAAUACCUAUAUCAGUAAAUAGAUGUCAGGAAACAAUGCUUUUAGCUGUAAUUGCAAAAAAACACACAUAAGAAAUUAGACUCAAAGCAACCUUUACAAAUGUGAAAAGGUUUGAAUGUGUUGAAAACCAGAACUCACACGAAGCCUAUUGAACUCGUUCCCUCAUCGCCUGUUUGUCGUUUUUUACAAUGUGACUGUAUUUUUUUAUUAUUAAUUUAAACAGGAAGAACCGUAAACAAAUUGUAUUUUCAUUAAAGGAAUUCACCAGGUAACAUCCGAUAUAUAUACAAGUGCUGUUAGGCACAGGCUAUAUGUAGUCACCCCAUGCAUUACUCAGAAAAACAAUCAUGCCUCUCCAACAGAAAUCACAGUUCGAUGUAACUGCUUUAACAACUGUGAUUAUCUAAACAAGUAUUAGUGGGUAAAAACUGGUGCUUUAUCCACAAAACUGUUCCACAGAAAGAAAAACAUUAAUGAGGCAAUAUUAUACAAAGAUCUACAACGUGUAACAUUAAUGUUCCGGUUUCAUUUUGCUCUGCUGCUGCAAUAUUUUUACUUUAUUGAAGAUGUGCUGUGUUAAUGUUACAGUAACACACUUCAGAUAAAGGAGACACUUCACAAAACAACAAAUGGCAAGCAUGUCAAGUUGAUUUAUCUCAAAUUCGCAACACAUCUCCAGAAAAAGAAAUGAUUGAUAACCCAAUUUAUUAGAGACCAUGAUGAAGCAGACACUGCCGAUUCAGCUCCUACUUAAAAUGUGCUGCAUACACAGAUGCAGUUUUCUUUUUUGUAUCUCUCCCAAUAUAUUAUAUGUAUUUUUUUUAUUUUAUUUAUUGCAAUCUCUUGGUACAGCUGCAUAGAGUACUGUGUUUGAGUUUGCAGAAUGAUACCUGCAUCAGAAUUACUGCCCUCAGCAGAUCAUCAGCAUAUCUGUUGGUCAAGAUAAACACUAUUUGUAACACACACACACACACAUGCACACGCACGCACACGCACACACACAGGGAGGGGCUCGAGCUGCCAGUCAUUUGUCAGCAGGUUUUAAUGAAGCAGCAUUUUCAUUCAUGCACACACACACUCACACACAGACAUAUAAAAAGGGUAGUAGUGCUUUUUGGCUGCAGCAUUCUGGUGCUUUCGCCUCUCUCCCUCUUUCUGUACGGUACAGAGAGCUUUUUCUUUUGUGCCAGCCGCACAUUAACUCUGAACCCCGCCAGCUUUUGUGGUUCUGUUUUUGUUCUCAUCCUUUGUUAGCUGCAUCUGGUAAAUGGGUUGUAGGUAAUUGUGCUGAUCUUUAAAAAAAAAAAGCUGCGUGUCAGAGUGAUGGACCUAUGAUGAGAUGGUGUAUUACCUCGGAUAUGUGUUACAAUUGUACUUUUAAAAAAAAGGUAUGAAAUACAUUAGAGAAUAUUUAGAUCAAGUUAAACAAUGUGCUCUGGAGUUACAAAAGAAACGUAACUGAUGGAAAAUAAACAACUUAACAGGAUUAUACUUUUGAAUUCUGAUUGGUUUAUAAACACACCAACAUUUAAUUGGGCCUUUGACAACUCAAAAUGUCAAAUUAGACUUAAUUCUCGAACACAAAACACUGUCACAGGCAGAGUUGCAGAGGUUCCCUUUACAUGGAUGGGUUUAAAUAAUGACAAUGCCAUUCACUUCCUGUGGCAGCAGAGCUCUGGGGGUUGAUAUGUAAUCUCUGCUGAAUGUCUGCACACACCCCACAGUGGUGACCUUUGUGGUUGGCUCAGAGCAAGCAGCAAGAUGACAAUGUCAACUGUUAGGAUAAAGAAAUUCUGCUUUUGCUUUCAUCUGUUAUGAGUCCUUGAUCCAUGCCCUUAUCACGGUCCAAUUCUCUGACACUAAUGCAGCCCUUCCCACUGAGGAUAAACUAUAAUCAUUUCCAGGCACCUCAAAUUCAAAGAAACCUAAUGUCCACAUACGCCUUAUUUAAACAAAACCUGCCAGAAUUACAAAAACAAAUACAUAUUUUUCUUUGGCUUUUAAUGAAGAGGUUGUGGCUUUAUGUUGGAACAAAUAAGCAACAGUAUGGCAGGUAAUGUACUGUAUUUGGUACCUUUUUGCUUCUUAAUCUUAAGAAGAAGCUGCCACUGUUUCUCUUAUCUCACUGCAAAUGUCCAAGUAUUAUAAGUCUUUUUGCCACUGUCCCUGAACAAUGAGAUCUUUUGUAGCUCAGUGCGAGUAACACAAGUCUUAAACGGUUUUGUCUUGGAAUGUAAAGUUGUGAAAGCACGCUUUUUUGCAUAGUCAAGUUGCCACUGAUAUCACCAUUGUUAAAUGUAUGUAGACAAGUGUCAGUAGUGUAUUUAUGAAUAAGGUGCAAAAAAGAUGCUCCUUCGUAUGAAAUAAAUGGCAGCUGAGCACUUCCUGCCAUUUGGCCAUCUUAAGUGUUGUGUUUGAUUGUAAACACGUAUAGCCUUUCCAACUGAACGUCCCUUUUACCUUCUUGUUUGCCGUCCUAAUGCCACUAAAAUCAAAGUGCCAACCAAAAAAGGAAUGAUUAUGGUUUCAAGUCCUAGCCAAUAAUGAAGAUGGUUUACAUUUUGAAAGGAAAAGAGACGGGGAGAGUCUCUGUCACGUAAACAAAGCAAAGGGAGCCAGCCAUGAAUAUAGAUAGCAUCAGGGGCGGACUGGGACUAAAAAUCAGCCCGGGACUCUCGACCGGCCCACUUCGGUACCGCAAGUAAAUACCACUAGUAAAUUGUUGACGGGGGAGGGGGUGCUAGUGACUUAUCCGACAGGCCCACUUUAGUACCGGCCCAUCGGCAUUCGUCCCGAACGUGCCAGUCCGCCACUGGAUAGCAUUAAAAGGCUUCCCACCUCUGGCUUCACGAUUGACGUCAGCGCUGCUUUUGAGUUAACACUAUUAUAAAUAGACCAGUCACAAUCCUUUAAAAGACGACGUCACUGCUUCACAUAAAAAAUGUAGUCGGGGUAGAAAGCGUCAGAAUGAUGGCCUCAGAAAGCCAUGUUCUGGAAGAAAAUGACAAACCUCUACUGUUUUAUUAAACAAUAUAGACAAGGGUUUUCAUUAUAUUUCCAUGGUUGGUUUUAGCGACCAGACCAUUUAGUAUUUGUAAUCUCUAUCACUGCCUCCCUGAAGUGAACUUUCCUCCUGUUUUUAUUGUGUGUUAUUUAUUCCUCUGAAACUCUUGUAGUGCCCUCCGAAUUCACAAACAACCUCCCUCCUUUACCAGUGUACCUGGGCAACCACCCCCUCCCCCACACCCACACACACCUUUUUGUUAACACUGAUAUGUUUGUGGACUCUCACAGACAUUGUUUGUAAAACUAAGAAUUCUGCAGCAGAAUAUUUUUGGAGACAAUUGCUGUACAGUAUUUGUAAGCUCUAUUUUUGUAUAUUGCUAUUUUGGAGAAAAUAAUAUGCAUUUUUCUUUUUAUUGUUUUUGCUAAUUUCAUCUUUAUUCAUUUUAAGAAAAUGUUGCAUGUAACUGACUUGAACUGUAAAUAAAAAUCUCCAAGUUUUGGAAACA